AUGAAGCGGGUGGACUCUGGUGGACCAAAAACACCUGGUUGGUGCGGCGCGUGCUACAACCUGGUCGGAGACUCGGCGCUGUCCAGUGUCCCGGACGACGCGAUUUUGAACCGUCCGAUUUCGUCCGAUCGGACGGCACAGGAGCCGCUAGAGUCUUUCUACAGGGAUGUGCUGAAUGAGUACGCAUCAAAAACCAAGAAAAUAAGAGACCUUGUCUUGCGAUCGAUAGCCAAGCUCCUGGAGAUUGACGAGGAUUACUUCGUCAACCAGAUAUCAAACAAGGCUUCCGGGUUUGCUAGAUUGUACUACUACCCUCCGUGUCCGAGACCUGACCUAGUUUUGGGCCUCACGCCUCACUCUGAUGGCAACCUCCUUACCAUCCUUUUUGUCGACGACGAUGUUGGUGGCUUGCAAGUUCAGAGAGAUGGGAAAUGGUACAAUGUUCCAGCCAAGCCUCACACGCUGGUGAUCAACUUAGCAGACUGCCUGGAGAUAAUGAACAAUGGAAUCUUUAGGAGCCCAGUUCACAGAGUGGUGACGAACACUGAGAAGGAGAGGCUUUCGCUGGCCGUGUUCUAUGCCGUGGAUGAAGAAACGGUGCUGGAGCCAGCGCCCGGUUUGCUGGAUGAGAAGCGACCACCAAGAUAUAGGAAAAUGAUGGCCAAGGAUUUCGUAGCCGGACUUUUUGAACAUUUCCUUCAAGGGAAGAGAUUCAUCGACACCCUGAAGAUAUAAGUUAUAGUACGUGUUAACAUUGAUUACCUAUGUAGAAUAAAGAGAUGGUCCUAUCGUCUCUGAGUGGGGGUUUUAUCUAUCAUUAUCAUAAGCAACUUAGGUUGUGUUUAUAUUCAGUUGUUUCCAAAGGAUGCAAAACUUCGCUCCAUCUCAGUGAUUAAGAAGAACGGUGUGCUAGUUAAUUA